AUGGCUGGCUCGGGUACUGGCGGAGACCACGCAAAUUAUGGUGGCUCAACUGAUGGGAACCCGGCGGCGGCGGCGGCGGCGGCGGCCGCAGGCCAGUGUGCAGUACGGGAGCAGGACAGGUUCAUGCCAAUUGCCAACGUGAUCCGUAUCAUGCGGAAGGUGCUGCCAACCCAUGCCAAGAUCUCUGAUGAUGCCAAGGAGACGAUCCAGGAAUGCGUGUCGGAGUACAUCAGCUUCAUCACCAGCGAGGCCAACGAGCGGUGCCAGCGGGAGCAGCGCAAGACCAUCACCGCGGAGGAUGUCCUCUGGGCCAUGAGCAAGCUCGGCUUCGACGACUACAUCGAGCCUCUCAGCCUCUACCUCCAGCGCUACCGUGAGCUCGAAGGCGACCACCGCGGCUCCAUCCGUGGGGAGCCCUUGCCUAUCAUCAAACAUCGCAGCCCCAACCCAUCCGCCGAUGUCGUCGGGGCCCCGCCACUCUUUGCGCCGCCGCCGCCGCCGCCACCUCCGAGCUUUGUUGUCCCACCACCUUCUGGCCCCCCUCACCUCAACCAUCUCUAUGGUGACGGUGCAGGCGGCUAUUACUAUGGGAUGUAUGGUGGCGGAGAUGGGUCAGGGGCAAGCACAUCCCAGCAGGAUCCACCGAUGCCUGGCUUCAACCAUUCCUAUGCUCCCUACAAGCAGUAAAACUAGCUAGUAUAUACGUCCCGGAAUGUAACGGUAGCAUGUAGGAGGCAUCUAAGCGGA